AUGGACAAGGAGCUCUUCUCGAAAAAUCCCGAGUUCUUGUCGUCUUUUUCCGAAAGACCUAUUGUUCUUUCCCCGCCGCCCGUCGACACUACAAACUCUCAGCACUCUAAGACAGAACGUCCUGAUUCAAGCAUGCUGCAACCGCCACUUCCAAAGGACUAUUUUGCGCAGAGGCAGCAGCUGGUCGGCUACAAUUUACAGCAGGAAUUUGAAGCUUUGAAAGCCGAUUUGGAUUUGGACUUGAGCAUGUCCAACAACGACGAUGCUGGAAACCAGGGCAACACCUCAAGCAACGAAAGUGCCACACCUUCGCUUGGUGGCCAUUUCUUGCUGCCCCAAUUUUCCCACGGCUUGGGCCCUUCGUUGCUGGAAAAUUUGCUGUCGUUGACACCACAGAAAACCUCCAUGGCCCACUUGAGCAACAACAUGGCCCCAGGCGCUGGCGCAGGCUCGCAUCUUCUGGGACUUUUGGGCUCAAAACUGCUGUCUUUCUUGCCGCCAUCGUUGCUGGUGCCGCUGAGGCCGCAGCUGGUGAAUGACUUCUCUAAUUUACUAGGCAGGGGUCAAAAUGCCAGUCUGGGCUUAUCCAGACUCCAAGCCUCUGGUCUGUCCUUCUAUGACGACCUAGUGGGCUUCACGUCAUGGAUGGAGAAUUUGGAUCCACAGGACAUUGUGGCGAUGCUUGAUCACUGGUGCAACAACUUGCCGUUUGACAUUUUGCUCACCAUGAAGUCUCGCCUCGAGGCCCAUCUCAACCACUCCUCUGAGCAGGCGCUGGUGCCGCCAAAAAUGAACUACGGCUACGAGGACUUGGUUUCAAGCAUGGACAACGCCUCCUUGGGCGGAGGCUCCCAGUUGCAAAAUGGACUUGUACAGCCCAAGCCCAAGAACAACGACUAUAGAUCGCAUCUUUUCCAAGAGCUGAAGGUCCAGCGGCCUAAGCUGGCGGAUCCAAGUCUCCACAACAGGCUUCAAGGCACUAGCGGGCAGCAACAGCCACAGCAGCAGCCUAAUCCUUUGGAAAGAGCCCGCAGCCCUACUUCCCAUUUGCAUGAGAAAACCAACUUCUUGCAAUUGGCUGCCGCCUCCAAUCUGCCUCUUUCGUAUGCCCAGCAUGGUCCUUCGCCAGAUGAAGGCUACGACCUCAACGCUGCCCUGAAGUUGGGUGCACUUGCCACUAUUAAUUCUCGUGUCGCUCUUGACUCCAACAGAAAGGGUCCAGCUUACCAGCACCAAACACUGCAACUGCAGCAGCCUUACUCGCAUAAUCCGCUCGCUUUUGAAGAACUGAUCAACCGUCAGGCCAACUCUUCGCUGGUGCCAGUUCAGCCACAAAAAUACUCCGUGGCGGCUUCGCAAGGGCCUUCGGCUGCAGCACUCAAAAUGAAGAAAGACGAUUCCUCGAGAUCCAGAGCAUCGACACCGGUGGGUGGCCAGAGCUCCAACGCUGGUCUGCUGCUGAUGCCCACUGAGAUAGCCACGCUCGAUUUGCUCAAUAACAUCCCCGCUUGGUUGAAGCUUCUUCGUCUUCACAAGUACACUGACUGCUUGAAGGACAUGUACUGGAAAGACCUUGUGGAACUCUCGGAUGAGGAGUUAGAAAACAAGGGCGUUAAGGCGCUCGGGGCGAGAAGGAAAUUGCUCAAGGCAUUUGACGCCGUGAAACAGUCGAGAUUGUAG